AUGAUUGCGACGAUUCAAAAGCCUUUGUUCUUCUGGAAGAAAGGAGAAUCUGAAUCCGUGAUCCAUUUAUCUCCGGCAAUGAACGCCGCCGCCGCCGCCGCCGCAUCUUCAUCUUCUCCGAUGAAUUAUGAUUAUGUCAAAAUGAUGCAUAUUUUCAAAGCUGGUGCAAGUGUCCUGAAAAUUCCUCUGUACAAGCAUAUUGCAAACCUUGCAGGUAACCCAAGGAUUGUUUUGCCUGUUCCCUCAUUCACUGUCAUCAACAGGGUAUCACAUGCAGGAAACAAACUUGCUACGCAGGAGUUUAAUAUUCUUCCUGUGGAGAGUUCCAAUUUCAAGCUUGCUAUGCAACAGGGCAUUCAAACACAUGAAACAGUUCAUGGUGUGAUUGCUAUGAAAUACGGUAAUAAGGCAGUACAAGUUUGUGACGAAGGUGGAUUCACUCUUAACAUCAAGGAAAAAGAAUGUUUGGAAUUGCUGAAAAGUGCCAUUGACGAAAGUGAAUACACAGGCUCGGUUUUCAUUGGAAUGGAUGUUGCACCUUAUGCAUUCCGCAAUGAAGACAAAACAUAUGAUUUGAAAUUUAAGGAAGAUAACAACGAUGUCUCACAGAAGAUCUCUAGGGAUGCUUUGAAAGAUCUCUACACAUCAUUUGUGAAGGAGUACCCAAUUGUUUUAAUUGAAGAUCGUUUUGACAAGGAUGACUUGGAGCCCUAUGCCAAGCUGACUGAAGAAGUUAGAGACCAUGUGCUAAUUGAUGGUGAUGUUCCCUUGGUCUCCUUCCUGAAGAGGGUUCCGAUGGCAAUUGAGUCGAAGUCAAAUACAGAAAUAUGCAAUUGUCUUAUGCUCAAGGUUAGUCAAAUGGGAUCUGUGACUGAUUGUAUUAAAACUGUCAAAAUGGCCAAAGAACAUUUUUGGGGAGUCAUUGCCUGUCCCGGAAGUGGAGAGACUGAGGAUACCUUUAUUGCUGAUCUAUGUGUUGGUUUAUCAAUGGGUCAAAUUAAGGUUGGAAAUCCAUUCAGUGAUCCGCGACUAGUUAUACAUCUUCGGCUCAAGAAAAUUGAGAUUGAGCUUGGUUCGGAAUCAUUGUAUGCUGGCUGGAACUUCCGUCACUGGUGACUGUGAGGCGCAGCUUGUUGCAAAUGGUAUUUUAUACCCAUAAAGCUGAGGCAAAAAGUAGUAGUACAUUGUGAUGUUGGGAGUUACAUGCCAUUUUAGCAUUUCUGAUGUUGUAAAUUGGAGUUACGUGCCUUUGUAAUUAUGAUGUGACCAUCAAAAUGCUAAAAUAUUGGAAAAGCACGAUCUGAUCUCAAUGACUUAUUAUAAA